AUGGACUCGUUCUUCAGUCUGUUCGACCCUUCAGAGGCUGGGCAGAACAAACAAAGUCACAAGAAGCAACAGAAGCCGGACAUUGAAGGCAUUAAGAAAAAUCCUGACGCACCCAAAGGAAGGAGAAAAGGUAGAAGAUCACACGGCAAGCACGAAACACUGCCAGAGGAGUCCUCUUUCCUGUGCGAGCCGGACUUGAGCACAGAGCUAUUGGUCAAGGAUUGCAGCUAUAUAGAGAAUUACAUAGAAGUCAACAAGAAAGAUGAUGAUACCAAAGCGGACGAGAAGAAGCCGAAACGCCGCAACUCCGGCCGUAAAUAUAGGAGGAAAAAGAACAAAAUUUCACCGGGCAAGGAGCUCGCAGCCAAUACGGCUUGGGGUGAAGACCCCGAUCCAAUCCCGGACCCGACUAGCUGGAACAACCAAUCCUCAGUGCCCAAAAUAAGCGAUGACAACAUCGGCAAGAACGUUAACGACUUGGGGAAAGAGGACUUCAAGAGAAACAGAAGGAAAGACGAUUUUGAGAUGGUGACCAAAGAGAAAAGCGGUUACUUGGACAGGGCCGUGUAUCAUAACGUGAUAGAUAAGCUGGAAAAGGUUAACUUAAAGGAUGAGAUGUACCUCGCCGGUGAUUUAAACGACGAGGACCUGGAGAACGACUUCUUCUACAGCUCCGACGAUAUGGAGGGUUACUUCGAUGAUGACACAACCUCGGACUCCGAGGAUUCGGGGGAAGAGUGCUACGGGAGCUUACCUCCAGAGCCCCGUUUCGGGAACGUUGAAUAUAAGCUACAACUGGUAUCACCGUGCGAACGACGAUUCCAGCAUUUGGUCACCCAGUUGAAGUGGCGGCUGCGGUCGGGCGGCGGCAGCGCGGUGUACGUGGUGGGCGUGCGCGACUGCGGCGCGCUGCGCGGCCUGCGCGCGCGGGCCCUGCGCGCCUCGCUGCGGGCCCUGCGCCGCAUGGCGGCCGCGCUGGGGGCGGCCCCCGUGGCGGCGCGGGCCCGCCGCCUGGCGCCGCACAGGGCCGUCGCCGAGGUCUACAUACGCAAGUUGGCUGACACGCAGCAGAGCGUUGAGCUCAGGAUCGCAGUGAUGGGAGCUAACGAAGCUGGCAAAUCCACUCUCAUCGGAGUUUUGACACAAGGCGAGUUGGACAACGGCCGGGGGAGCGCGCGCCUGAACAUGUUCCGGCAUCUGCACGAAGUGAAGAGUGGCCGCACCUCAUCGCUCAGCCACGAGAUACUCGGAUUCGAUGCUCAGGGCAACGUGGUGAACUACGGGUGCUCGGAGCUGAUGACGGCGGAGCGCAUAGGCGAGCGCAGCGCCAAGCUGGUGUCGUUCCUGGACCUGGCCGGCCACACCAAGUACCAGCGCACCACGCUGCACGGACUCACUGGCUACUCGCCGCACUACGCCAUGAUUGUGAUAUCAGCGACGGCCGGGAUCACCCGCAUCACAGAGGAGCACAUAGCUCUGCUGACGGCACUAGAGUUGCCGUUCUUCGCCGUGAUCAGCAAGUGCGAACUGUGUCCCGCGAACGUGCGUCCUUUGGUCCAGAGGCUGGAGGAACUGCUGGCGCCUGAAGGGGACCCCACUGUAAGAAAGAAAAAACCGUUGCUGAUUACGGAUGAGAACAUGGCCAGGAACUGCGUCGCACCGCAGAAGUCCAUUUUGGACUCUAUCGACAACGGAUCCGGAGAGGGUGGGAAGAAGAAUGAUGACUUUGAGCCGGUAGCCGUGUUCCCGGUGAGCUGCGUCCGCGGCGCGGGACUGAACACACUGCACGCCUACCUGCUGGCGCUGCAGCCGCCCGCCGCCGAGCCCGAGCCCAGGCCCGACGAUGAAACCUGCGAGUUCCAGAUCGACGAGAUCUUCCACGUGGGUGAUUCGACGGGUCCAGUGGUCGGGGGACUGCUCGCGAGGGGACAGAUCCAUGAAGGGGACAACUUGAUAAUAGGUCCGAUGGACAGCGGGGAGUUCAGCGCGAUCAGCGUGCGCACGGUGUACCGCAACCGCGUGGCGUGCGGCGGCGUGCGUGCCGGCCAGUCGGCCAGCCUGGGGCUCGGCGCGCGCCCGCCGCAGCUGCGCGCCGGCAUGGUGCUGCUCGCGCGCCCGCCCGCCCGCAGCGCGCCCGCCGCCCGCCCCGCCUUCGGCACGUGCGCCGGCCCCUGCCGCAGUGCGCAGCUACCGGAACUGAUACGUGACGCGAAAAUCGCAAGCGAACAAGCAAGAAACCGCAAGCACGUACGCAGGAAGAACAAGAACCUACUGCAGGAUAUCGCUAACGUGGAGAGUUGCCUUGUGAAGCCGAAGGACGAUAUUGAGGCGGGGAAUCUAUAUAGAUCUGAAAGCGAUGAAGAUAAGUCUGAAGAAGGAACAAAGAAAAACCUAGAGGAUGCUCACAAAUGUGUCUGUAGUGACGUAGUGCCUCUAGAAGAUCCUAACGAUCCUCGUGGCUGUCUGUACUUCCAGGCGACUGUCCGUGUACUGAGGCACUCUACAGCGAUAUAUCCCGGCUUCCAGUGUUCGGUGCACGUGGGCAAUGUCAGACAAACCGCCAUUAUUGAGGGCAUCAUGUCGGGCAACAGCGAGCUGCGUGCGGGCGAGUGCGCGUCCACGUUGUUCCGGUUCGCGCGCUGCCCCGAGUUCCUGGUGCGCGGCCGCCGCCUGCUGUUCACCGCCGGCCUGGGCACCAGGGGCAUCGGCCGCAUCACUCAAGUGUUCCCAUACAUACCUUGA